AUGUUGGAGCGUCUGAAGAAAGGAGCAAAGUACCUUGAUAUUGGCUUCUGUCUAAGCCAGGAUUUUCGUAAACUGGUUGCCGAUGGCGUUCCUUCUCAGAAUUGUUAUGGUAUCGAGCUGAACGCGCUCUUCAUCGACCUCGGAUACGGUCUCUUCCGGGAUAAGGAUACACUGAGAGCACAGCUCAUGCAAGGAGACGCCUUAGACCUCACCGAAGACAGCGUGCUUGCUAAGCUUGCCGACACGGUAGACUACAUCCACCUGGGAUUUAUUCUCCACGUCUUUGAUCUAGACAAGCAGCGGUUGCUACUAGAAAUUUUCUUCGAGUUCUGGAACCCGAAGCUGGCAUACUCAUCCUAG